AUGGCGGUGACGCUGACGUACGAGUCAGCGCUCAAUGCAGCGUCUAUACAUGAGAGCCAGACCAAAGCUCAGAGGAACCCACCUGGACCUGGACCUGGACCUGAACCUGAACCUGGACCUGGACCUGGACCCAAACCCAGCUGUGUGUCCUUAAAGAGUGACUGGUCUGUAGGUCGCAUCAUUGAUUUUAAAGUCCAGCGUUCCUCUGCUGUAGAGAGAGUGGACCAGGAGAGCUCAGAGGGUCCCAGUGGUCAGUCUGCCCAGCAGCAUCAAACACAGCUGGACUCCAUAUUUCAGCUGCUGGAGGACAACAUCAUCACUUUUGUGAAGGACGAGCUGAAGAAGAUCCAGAAGCUUCUGAGUCCAGAUUACCCAGAAUGCUUAGAGAGGGAGGAUGAAGAGCAGAGGAGCAGCAGAGAGGCAUUUGUGAAGAUCACACUGGACUUCCUGAGGAGAAUGAAGCAGGAGGAGCUGGCUGAGCGUCUGCAGAGCAAACGUCCUGCAGUUUGUGGACGUGAACUUAAAUCUGCUCUGAAGAAGAAGUUCCAGUGUGUGUUUGAGGGCAUCGCUAAAGCAGGAAACCCAACCCUGCUGAAUCAGAUCUACACAGAGCUCUACAUCACAGAGGGAGGGGCUGCAGAGGUCAAUGAGGAACAUGAGGUCAGACAGAUUGAAACAGCAUCCAGAAAACCAGACAAACCAGAAACAACAAUCAGACAAGAAGACAUCUUUAAAGGCUCACCUGGAAGAGAUGAACCAAUCAGAACAGUGCUGACAAAGGGAGUGGCUGGCAUUGGGAAAACAGUCCUAACACAGAAAUACACCCUCGACUGGGCUGAAGACAAAGCCAACCAGGACAUCCAGUUCAUGUUUCCAUUGACUUUCAGAGAGCUGAAUGUGCUGAAAGAGGAAAAGUUCAGCUUGGUGGAACUUGUUCAUCACUUCUUCACUGAAACCAAAGAAGCAGGAAUCUGCAGCUUUGAAGACUUCCAGGUUGUGUUCAUCUUUGAUGGUCUGGAUGAGUGUCGACUUCCUCUGGACUUCCACAAAACUACAAUCCUGACUGACCCUAGAAAGUCCACCUCAGUGGAUGUGCUGCUGACAAACCUCAUCAGGGGGAACCUGCUUCCCUCUGCUCGCCUCUGGAUAACCACACGACCUGCAGCAGCCAAUCAGAUCCCUCCUCACUGUGUUGGCAUGGUGACAGAGGUCAGAGGGUUCACUGACCCACAGAAGGAGGAGUACUUCAGGAAGAGAUUCAGAGAUGAGGAGCAGGCCAGCAGGAUCAUCUCCCACAUCAAGACCUCACGAAGCCUCCACAUCAUGUGCCACAUCCCAGUCUUCUGCUGGAUCACUGCUACAGUUCUGGAGGAUGUGCUGAAGACCAGAGAGGGAGGAGAGCUGCCCAAGACCCUGACUGAGAUGUACAUCCACUUCCUGGUGGUUCAGGCCAAAGUGAAGAAGGUCAAGUAUGAUGGAGGAGCUGAGACAGAGUCACACUGGAGUCCAAAGAGCAGGAAGAUGAUUAAAUCUCUGGGAAAACUGGCUUUGGAUCAGCUGCAGAAAGGAAACCUGAUCUUCUAUGAAUCAGACCUGACAGAGUGUGGCAUCGAUAUCAGAGCAGCCUCAGUGUACUCAGGAGUGUUCACACAGGUCUUUAAAGAGGAGAGAGGGCUGUACCAGGACAAGGUGUUCUGCUUCAUCCAUCUGAGUGUUCAGGAGUUUCUGGCUGCUCUUCAUGUCCAUCUGACCUUCAUCAACUCUGGACUCAAUCUGCUGGAAGAACAACAAACAACCUCCAUGUGGUCUCAGUUAUUUAACAAACCAAAACUCCCAGCUCUUCAUCAGACUGCUGUGAACAAGGCCCUACAGAGUCCAAAUGGACACCUGGACUUGUUCCUGCGCUUCCUCCUGGGUCUUUCACUGCAGACCAAUCAGAGUCUCCUACGAGGCCUGCUGACACAGACAGGAAGUAGCUCACAGACCAAUCAGGAAACAGUCCAGUACAUUAAGAAGAAGCUCAAUGAGAAUCUGUCUGCAGAGAAAAGCAUCAAUCUGUUCCACUGUCUGAAUGAACUGAAUGAUCGUUCUCUAGUGGAGGAGAUCCAACAGUCCCUGAGAUCAGGAAGUGUCUCCACAGAUAAACUGUCUCCUGCUCAGUGGUCAGCUCUGGUCUUCAUCUUACUGUCAUCAGAAGAAGAUCUGGAUGUGUUUGACCUGCAGAAAUACUCUGCUUCAGAGGAGGCUCUGCUGAGGCUGCUGCCAGUGGUCAAAGCCUCCAACAAAGCUCUACUGAGUGGCUGUUUCCUCUCAGAGAAAAGCUGUGAAGCUCUGUCCUCAGUUCUCAGCUCACAGUCCUCUAUUCUGAGAGAGUUGGACCUGAGUAACAACGACCUGCAGGAUUCAGGACUGAAGCUUCUGUCUGCUGGCUUGAAGAGUCCACAUUGUAUGCUGGAAAUUCUCAGACUGAGCGCAUGUAACCUGUCAGAGAGAAGCUGUGAAUCUCUGUCCUCAGUUCUCAGCUCACAGUCCUCUAGUCUGAGAGAGUUGGACCUGAGUAACAACGACCUGCAGGAUUCAGGACUGAAGCUUCUGUCUGCUGGCUUGAAGAGUCCACAUUGUAUGCUGGAAAUUCUCAGGGCGGAGCCUGCUGGAGUGCGAUGGCUGAGCCCAGGUCUGAGGAAGUAUUCCUGUCAACUCACAAUCGACACAAACACAGUACACACAAACCUACAACUGUCUGACAACAACAGGAAGGUGACAUGUGUGGAGGAGGUUCAGUCAUAUCCUGAUCAUCCAGACAGGUUUGAUGUUCUUCUUCAGCUGCUGUGUAGAAAUGGUCUGACUGGUCGCUGUUACUGGGAGGUCGAGUGGAGAGGAUACGUUUAUAUAUCAGUGAGUUACAGAAGAAUCAGAAGGAAAGGAGGCAGUAAAGACUGUGUGUUUGGAUGGAAUGAUCAGUCCUGGAGUCUGAGCUGCUCUGAUGAUGGUCCUCUGUGUGUUUGGCACAAUAACAGACAAACAUCCUCCUCCUCCUCCUCCUCUGGCUCUAACAGAGUAGCAGUGUAUGUGGACUGUCCUGCUGGCACUCUGUCCUUCUACAGAGUCUCCUCUGACACUCUGAUCCACCUCCACACCUUCAACACCACAUUCACUGAACCUCUUUAUCCUGGGUUUUAUGUCUGGUAUGGUUCCUCAGUGUGUGUGUGCUGA